UGAAAGGGCAAGACUACAACAACUAUCAACUACACUUGUACAACAGCUACAUACACUCUACAUCCUCACACCAUGUCAGUCAAAGACCCAAUCACCGGAGGUUCAGGGAUCGGAUUCGAUUUCAGCAACCAUGCGAGGAACCAACACCUAGGUGCCAGGAUGGGCGGUCUUCCCAAAGCUACCUCGACGGGAACGACCAUCGUGGGAGUCAAGUUUGGCGGCGGCGAUUCGGGGGUAGAAGAGGGUGUCUGUCUCGGUGCCGACACUCGAGCGACGGGUGGACCCAUCGUGGCCGACAAGAACUGUGAAAAGAUCCACUACAUUGCCGAUCACAUCAGGUGUUGCGGAGCGGGUACUGCCGCCGAUACGGAAUUCGUUACCAACCUGAUCAGCAGUAACAUCGAGCUACACGCCCUCUCCACCGGCCGCAAGCCCCAGGUCGUCACCGCCAUGACCAUGCUCAAACAAUACCUCUUCCAAUACCAGGGGCACGUCGGCGCCUACCUCGUCAUCGGCGGGGUGGACAACACCGGGUCUCACCUGUUCACCGUCGCUGCGCACGGGUCGACGGACAAGUUGCCGUACGUGACGAUGGGGAGUGGGAGUAUGGCGGCAAUGGCCGUGUUUGAGAGCAGUUUCAAGGAGCACAUGACGCGCCAAGAAGCCAUCGACCUCGUCGCCCGUGCGAUCCGAUCCGGAGUGUUUAACGAUCUCGGAUCCGGUUCCAACGUCGACGUCUGUAUCAUCAAAAAGGACAAGACGGAGAUGUUGAGAAACUACGAGAUGCCCAACGAGCGAGGCGAAAAGACUCGACAGUACAAGUUCCGAAGGGGUACCACCGCUUGGACGAAGGAGGAUGUCAGGAGUCUCGUCGUCAGCGAGACUACGACCCCCGUGGCGGCGCCUCUUGCUGCCGAGGCUAUGGACAUUUCGUAGCUCGAGGGUCUCGUAGCGCACUUUGUGGGACGAGGUUGGCGAUGUGUGCGGGAUAGUGGUUUGUAAUUUGUUUCCAUGUCACGACUUUAUGGGAUCUCAGAAAGGUCUCUCCUGAACCGGAUCGCGUGGACAGAAUUAGCAUGUGGCGUACCCAAUA